AAAAGCGUAUGAACGUAAAAAGUAAUGUUCUUGCGACCUUCUGGCUUAGAAAGAAAUAUUGUUCGUUUUAGCUUCAGGAGACCACGUUAUCCACGUUGGCUCGUUGGCGCCAUUGUGACGCGAUGAAACGAAGAUGAAGGUCAUCGAUUUACUAUUUUGCUAACAAAAGAACGAAGACACAAACGAGUACGAUGUAGAUCGAAGACUGAUAAUUAUAUGACAUGUGACAAUGAAGCUCAGCAAAAUUUCCUAGCUACAAAUGGAGGAAAAUUAUUGUUACACCAGGAGCUACAUAUUAGCCACUCAGAUACUAGUUAACAUGAAAUAGGCGCAGGAUCUACCAUAUUCUAAGAGGAAUAGAAGGACCUACACCUGAUGUAAGCAAGAAACGUGAUCUGGGAAUCCAACCUACAGAACCUCACAUGCGUACUGAUAAGAGCGAACGCACUCUUGCGGAUUUCGUAGGAGUGGAUGAGGGCACCGAGUAACAUACCACUAUAUAAAUACAUACGCCGCGCCUCCGCCGAGACUCUCGCCGAAACUGCACCAAACACGGUCGGCUUGCGCACGCGACUCCCAGCCCUACAACGCAAAUAAAUACACGACAAUGAAUAACGCCGAACUGUACACGAAAAACAACGCGCUACAGAAGAAAGAUACCUUAGAUUGCCUCGAAGAAUUUGCAGCGAAAAUUAAAUGGAAAAAAUACGGUGCCAAAAUCAUUGACAUAGGUUGCGGGGAUGGAAGUACCACUACUGAGAUACUGAAGUCCUUUCUUCCUGAAGAUGUUGACGCGAUAGUUGGUGGAGAUUUAAGUGAAAGGAUGGUGAAUUAUGCGAACGAGCACUACGGGGGCGAGCGGACGGUGUUCAUCCCGCUGGACAUCCAGGGUCGGCUGCCGGCCGAGCUGGGCGGCCGCUUUGACCACGCCUUCUCCUUCUUCACACUGCACUGGAUAAAGAGGCAAAAGGCGGCGUUCAGCAACAUAUACCGGCUCCUGGACGAGGGCGGUAGCUGCCUGCUGCUGUUCCUGGGCCACAUGCCCAUCUACGACGUGUUCCGCGUGCUGGCCCACCGGGACCGGUGGAGCGCCUACUUGAACAACGUGGACAGUUUCACCUCACCGUAUCAUGAUUCUCAGGAUCCAGAAAACGAAGUCAAAACGCUUAUGACGCGAAUCGGCUUCAAAAACGUCGAAGUUAAACAUCAGGACAAAUUCUUCACAUUCAAUAGUCUGGAUAAUUGUAAAAAAGCCGUGAAAGCCGUGACGCCGUUCAACAUUCCCGAGGAGCAGUGGCCGGAGUACCUGAGGGACUACCUGCAGGUCGUGCGCGAUAUGCGCAUGAUGGACAUCAACAACAACCAACACGAGUCCAUAAAGUGCCACUACAAGGUCAUCGUGGCCAUGGGCACUAAGUGAUCGCUGCGACACUACUUCUGCGCAUUCAUAGGCUAGUUGACUGACGACACAAAUCAGCACAUUAAACAUAAUCAUCACGAGUACUACACUAAGUAUAUUGUCAGAGGAUAUAUAUAUUAUUAUAAAGAUUAGGUGAUGAUUGGUGAACGCAGCCGAAAAAAACAAGCGGUGCUCGUAAAUAGGGAAAAUGCAAUCAUGAUUUGUAUGUAUAUUUUGCCUUUUAGUCACUGCGACAUUAAUAUAGUCUGUCAAGCAAAGUAUGUCAGCAGCAAUGUACAGCAAAGGGAAGUAGGGCAACACUCAAAAAGCAGUAUUGCGUUGGUAUUGCGUUAAGAAAAGCAGCAAUGUACAUUGAACCAAAAACAUGUAACUAUCAUAACCUCAAAUUUUACAAAUAUUUGCGAUCAACGACCGUGAUUGUACAAGCUUAUUUAAUAUAUUGGUAUUUAAUGGUGACUGCAGAAAUUUCUCUUGAAAUAGCAACGAUUCAGAAUGUAAACAUGAUGGCUGUCAUUCACUUUUCACAUUCCACAGAUAAAACACAGAUGACACGCGAUUUUAGAAUUAUUCGAAAACAGUGUUGCCUUUUUUUUUAAUUUGCCGCCUUUUGCUACUGACAAGAUUUGCUUGACCGAGUAUAUCUUGGAGGAUUUAAAAAUUGGAGACGCCUUGAUUGUAAUAAUUUUCUAUACAAUACAGUCUGCCGAUUUUUGUGGGGGAGGGGCAAAUGUAUGGCUAUUUCUACAUAACGUACAAAUAGCCAUGUCAGAUAAACGUCACUCCAUACAAUACAUAUGACCAUUGGCCGAGCUUUUCGACAGAGGGGUAAGCUCUUAAAGGCGUCUCCAGUUGUUAAAUCCUCCAAUAUUAUAUAUUCCAUUAUUAUCGAAUAAAGUUACACAAAACGGAAAGAUUUGUGAAAUACUCAUCAGCGUUUUGACACUGAUGACGUCACCUUACAAUGAAAACUGGACAAUCAAUUUGAAGAUAGUGUAUUCAGUCAUCAUAGGCGCCACUACGCCAUCUGACGGUAUAGGCUAACUGGUACAACGGUAAUUUUUUAUUUACCUAUUUAAUAAUUUUUAGGACAAUAAAACUAUUUAUUUUUUAUUCAUUAAACUAUGCAUAUAAUAAAUUUAUUGCCCUAAUGAAUCAUUUUAAUAAAUAAAAAAUUAACAUAAACCAUAAAUAAAUUAUUUGUACCACGAACUCUUCCUUGAAUUAUUUGUACCGCCAGAUGGCGUAGCGGCGCAUUUGGUGACUGAAUACUAUCUGAGUAGGUAUAUACCUAUACACCUACGCAUAUAAACACAUAGUUUGGCCCAGGACUAACUUAUUUCAAACAUAAAUAGAGUAUAGACAGAGAGUAUCAUACUGGCUUUGUCUUACGCUAGUACUAGCACCCAAAUGAAAGGGAUGAGUAUAAUUUUUUUGGUUCUUACUGACUGACAAGUUGUGUAUGCCAGACUAUAUAAGUUACUCUAGCUAUGAUUUCAAGUAACGAUGAGGACGUUCAUUCUGUGGUACUAUGUGCUGUAUCAAAAAAAAAUGAGCAGAGCUUUUUAAAGAAAUUACUUAUAUGAAAUAAAUAUUCAGUAAUCCGAGAUACAUAUAAUUUUGUUGUAGUUGUAUCACUGAACUUAUAUGACGUCGUUGAUGGUGCAGGCCCUUUUAACGUUCGAAUUUGAACUGUCACUUUAAAACCGCAUUUUUUCCCAAUAAAUGGAUUUUUUUAAAGUUAUAAUAUACUGGUGGACUAUUUUAGAUGGUAUUAUUUAAAAUGAAAGCAUAAAUAAAAAUUCUGCAGGUUCCCUAUUUAAUGUUCUAUUAUUAGGCGUGUUUAAAUAAGGUCAACUAGCUUAUUAUUGUACCUGGAUAUUCAGCAGAAAUAACGUUCUAAUCCUUGAAGUACAAAUGUAACAGUAUUACUCGUACAAGUGACAUUCACGAGUUCAUGAGUAAAUGUAUGUAAACCUAGAUUUAAGUAUUAGUAGGGGUAGGGGUAAGAAAGUAUGUGGAAGACUUAAACCAAUGUCAUAUAUUCUGGAAAUACACACCGUCACUGUGUUCUUCUUUACUAUCCCCGGUUACACUCUGUAAUACUAACAUAUAUUGCUUUACGAUUACAAUAUGAGACUAUGCGCGUUCAGUUUGUGACUUUACAUUAAGUAAAGUAGUUACGUUUGACCAACUCGGUAUUAAAACGUCAGGUGACAAGCAAAUAUCACUAAUUAUUUAAAAAAAUAAAAAUCAACCUUAUUUUAGUAGUAAUAUGGUUCAUUAUGGCUAUGAAUUUGUGAUGGUAAUUAGUGAGUUUUGCUUGUCACCUGACGAAAAUUAACAAGGGUAUCAUAUAUUGAUAAGCCAUUUAAAUAUAUUUGUCUACCUUACAGUGGUGGCGCGUCUGAAAUAUUCGUAGGGAACCCGGAGCUAAUUUUGCUUUCCUUUUCUCCAUGAACCGAUCGUGAAAGUACUCAACGGGCUGAAAUUAGACAAGCCGGUGGGAAUCGAGUUCUUUGAUCGAUCCGCCACUGCUACCUUAACCUUUUAACCGCCGCAGUGCGACAAAUAAGAUGAAACUUCGUGUCACUUCGUACCGGCGGCGAUACGAGCACGCUCGAUGAAAUUCUAAGCAGUUAAAAGGUUUAAUAAAAUGGUACCUACGUUAAUGAAUCAUCACAUAAAUAUAUGACUAAAUUAAUUAUAAGAUUAAUUUAUUUUAACUUUAAGUAUUGAUUGUUAAUUGUUAUACUUUUUUAUCUAAACAUACUAAUUAUGCAUAUGGACAAAUUGGAUUAAGAAUUGGUCUGUAUUACAUUUAAAUAAUAAAUAUAUGUAAAAAAUUUAACAUAUUGUUUUUAACAUGUCUAAUACAGUCCUAGUCAUAAACAAGGCAGGACAGCUCAAACAGAGCGCAUAGGUCGGGUACUUGUUAGGCUGUGGACCGACCAAAUAAAUGUAACAGCAAAAUGUUUAACAGAAUCCAUCAACACAAAAUCAAACAGCGCCAUCAGGCUCUUGAAUGCAAGAGAAGAAAAAAACAUUGAAACCUAAGUUGUAAAAACUGAUUAUUGUAGAAAACUAGAAUAGAAACGGCUUAUUUCCGUUGAGGAACAUUAAAUUCUUACUUUAACCUAUUAGAGCAAGAUCCCAGAGCCACCAUACCUUACUUAUUUUCUCAUAAAAUGUAUGGGAUAAUGUAGUGUUCGUUAGUUGCUAUAUUGGUCCGACGGCCAGAAGUCGUCGGAACAUCAAAGGUCUUGCGGAAACCAAGCCCGCGAAUACCUAUAACCUAUAACCUAUAGCAGCCUGCAUUGGAACUCCCGCAUUUCUAUCUUGGUAUUGAGCUUUGAUUAUUUACUUGUCGCACCUCUUUUUUUAUAAACCACUUCGGUAUCCUUAGACCUAUCGUGAUAAAAAGAAACGGAAUAAAUAUAACAAAGGAGAUGAGAGAUAUGAUUUUUUUAGAAUUACGAUAUUUCUCUAAUAGGGUUGUCACUUUUAAAAAGUUUUAUUUUGCAAACAUUCUUUUUGCGUAAAAAAGGCUUUAGUUAUUUUCUAUCUAUAUAUCUUUUAAAAAUAAAUGAACUUAAAUAUAGAUAAGCUUCAAACUACAUGUCAAUGUUCCUUAAAUUAAAAUUCAUUCAAUAUUUUUCACUUUUCAAAUAAACGAUCGACAGACGCAGCCUGGUGACUAGCUUAAAAUUUGUAAAGGCAACACAUAUUUUAAUGCUACUUUUUGAUAAUGCUAGUUCAAAGGAAGCAUUUUAUAGUUACCCUAUGUGGAAUAAAAUGACACAUAAUAUCAACUUGGGCGGCUGCGGCCUGCGGACCGAGUGCAGAUAAAGAUUACAGUGGCUUGCGGUAACGCGACGUAAUAAAAUCAUCAUGAUAUUUUGACUAAACUAAUAAUAAAUGUGAUUUAAUAAAGUUUAAUGUACCUUUAGUUUUAGUUUUACAAGCCUUUUGUUUAAAAGUUACCUGCGUUAUUGUACAAAUUAGCAUCUCUAUUAUUAGCAAUUACCACCGACGGCGUUGUCGCUUUUUUUCUCUUUGGAAGGUAACUGAUAAGAAUAAUUUGCGACCCUGAAUUUUUUUCUCAGGUAAGUAGGUACUUAUUAUCGCUAAAGUUUAAUCGUUUACGAAUUAGUCUCGGCUUGUCCUGUGACUACUGGACCUUUGAACUUUGAACCGAUCGGAAACUACUAAUCCAAUUUUGUACCCAAACUCGGGGUUGGAGCUAAACAGUGAGUACAUUUUUUAUAUUAAGUACCUAUUGAUGCGGCCUAUCUGUAUACCUACUUACUGGUUUAGAGCAAAAGAAGAUUCUGGUUUAAAUAAUAUUAAAUUCAAUUAGACUGAAAAACUACGAUAACAGACCUUUUUCAUCGUGCUCUUCUCAAAAAAAUUAAGCAAAAACAAUCCUGGCUAAGUUUUGUCCCUUCUAAAGUCAAGCGAAAUCCAGUACACAUAAAUCAAAAUAAUGAGGACUUAGAUCUUAUACUUAUUUUGUUCGAGCAAAGCUAGGUCUCGCAGAUAUUAUAGCUUUGUACCUACACCGAAGUAAAAUUUAUAUAUUCAGACGAGGAAUGAUGAGAUAAUUAUAUUAUAUAGGUAAGUAAAUUAUCUUUUAUACCACCUCGAUAUGUAAUAUAUUUUUUAAAUCGUAGGACGUAGGAUACUUGUACGAUUAGCAACAUGUAUGACAAGAAACUUAUAAAAAGUUCGCACGAUAAAAAGUCUUCACUCUUAACUUAACUAAAAAUGUUUUAAUGUAAACUGACUCGUUUUUUAUUAUAAUUGAAUAUACUGAUUUAAAUAG